AAACAAGCCAUUAUUUGACAAUCCUUUCAAAUAUUUCUUAAGCUAUUCAUUAUUUAUAUUAAUGGAUAAUUCUGAGUUAUAUGAGAUACAAUAUAUAUUUGGCUCACAAAUUCUGGAUAAUAAAAUGCAAUACUGUGUUAAAUGGAAAAAUUAUCCUAAGUCUCAAAAAACAUGGGAGCCUAUUGAGAAUUUAGGAGUUCAUAAUAUAUCCUCAGUUCGUCGAUAUCAGAGACACGCAGACUAUUACCUAUUCUAUUAGUUCAUUUAUGAAGAAUAGGUAUAAGGAUAUAGAGUACAUUAAAAAUAAAAUACAUUUGAAAAAAUUAAAGUUAUACCAGAUCCAUAAGAAGAAGAACAAAUAGACUAAGCUAAUAGUGAUAAACUGAAUACAACUCUGAAAGAAACACUAAACAAAGAGAAUAUUAAAUCAACAUCUACACCUAAAGAUACUACAUAAAAGAUUACAAGAUCUACAAGAAAAUAAAAUUAAUAAUAACAAGAAGAUGAAUCACAUUCAGAUUCUAAAGAUUCAGAUUUCGGUAAAAAGAAUAAGAAAUCUAAAUCUAAGGCUAAAUCUUCUUAAUCAAGAAAGAAAUCUCCAAAUUCUGCUGGUGAUAAAUCUAAUUAAACUUAAUCAAAGAAAUCCUAGCUUAUAAAGUAAGAAUAAAUUGAAACUGAUGAGAUCAAUUAAGUUUAGCCUUAGAUUUUAGAAGGACAAAAUCAUCCUGAACAAGAAAAACAAAAUCUUGAUAACUUAAGUUAAAAGUCAGAGACUCCAAAAGAAUAAUCAAGAGUUUAAACAAGAUAAAGAAAUAAUAAGAAUGAGAAAUCUAUUGAAUAAAUCAAAUCAACUACUUAUUUUAAUUAAGUUAGAAAACUUAUUCUAUCUUUGAAUGAGGAUGAAAAAUCUCUUGUAGCAACUUGUGUCAAUGAAAAAAUGAAAGAUAAUAUCUUUGAAAAUCUUGGAGCCUUAUGUGUUUUGGAUUACAUGCAAAGAAGAGAUUAAGUAUUGAAUGAAAUUAAAUAGCAAGAAUAUGUUUACCCUUUAAAAGGAAAACAUAAUCUUUUAUUGAAUAAAUAAACCAAGAAGAAUAAAAAAUUAGAAAAAUCAUCCAUUAAAAUGGAAUCCUAACGAUCUACAGAUAUUGCUUGUCCUCCUCAAACUAAAAGACUUAUUAGAUUGUCAGCCUUUGAAAAAAAAAGAAAAAUUAUGAAAAAUAAAGAAGAUAAUUGCCAUAUGGCUGAUUUCUUGGCCUCUAUCAAUCAAUAUCCAUAAUUUGGAAUUGUUUCUACUGAAAUUGAUUCCCAUCAUUAAUAUGGAUAAAUUGGAUUCUAAAUUGGAGAAGAAAUAACUGGACAUUAUUAUGGUGUUAAUGCUAAUGGAAUUGGUAAACCUAUUCUUUAGUUGUAUUUCAUCAUGAAAUUUAGAAGAGAAGGAGAUAAAACAUUUUUAUACAAUCAUGUUACCAAAGCUGAAUGUUAACUCUAUGAAAAAGACCUAUUCUAUGAUUAUGUCUGUAAGAAUUAACAUUUACUACCUGAGAUGUAUAAUGAACUUAUUGUUAGAAGUGUUUAUAAUUAAUAAUGA